GGACGAUGAGUUCGCGCUCAACGGCCUUGGUCUUCGGCUUAGCAGAGACCCAAUGGCCAAUCAUGAUCGACCAGAAUUCAGAGUCGUCGAAGGUUACUAUGGGUUCAGCGUGCCUUUCAUGAAGACUUUUCAGAACUUGGAGGAAAAUCCACCCUCCGGACCGGAGCGCCCACUCAAUUGGGCUCCUCCGCCACCACCGCCCGAGUUUGCUCAAUCUCCACCAUUCCAAACAAGCUUCUCACCCAACGCGCCUCUACCACCUCCAGGCAGAGAUGUAUCACAAGUUGGUGGAGGCAGCUAUAGACAACAUGACUAUGGACGUGGGAACGGUGCAGGUUGGCGAGGUGGAGAAACGCGUGGUGGUGGUGGAGGAGCUUGGCGUGGAAGGGGUCGAGGCGGUAACAACAAUGGAGGUUCAGGUCCAGGUGGUUAUCGACCAUAUUGAGCUAAACAUCGCAAUGGGAUACAUGUCCGUCGAGGAGUAGUAUCGCGAGACGGCGCUUUCUGACUUCAGAACCACAUGCUCUCGGGGCCAUUGUCCUCGGGCAAUGGCGUUAAUCUACUAAGGUAUCAAAAUUCCCAUGGAAGACACUGUUCGCGUUCGGAGUAUAGUCGAAAUACAUGGCCGAUCGAUACAAAU